AUGAGUUAUCAACAAGGUUAUCCACCACAACAAGGUUAUCCACCACAACAAGGUUAUCCACCUCAAGGCUACCCACCACCUCAAGGCUACCCACCUCAUGGUGGUUAUGCCCAAGCCCCACCACCUCAAACCAUCUACGUCCAACAACAACCUGAAAAGAAGGAUGACAAUGGAUGUUUGAAAUGUUUGUUGUGCUGCUGUAUUUUUGAAUUGUGUUGUGACAUGAUGGAUUAA